CAAACCCUUUCGAAGCCUCAUCAGUCAUCACCGACUCUCCCCAGAACAUCCAAGUUGGGGGAACUUUCCAAAUCCCGUCAGACGCCUCGUCCAGCAUCAACCCCCUCCGAUCCCCUCACCAACUCUCCACAAAACCCAGAUCUCCUCCGCCCAGCAAAUCCUCCGUCCAUCUCCAAAUCCCUUCAGGCGCAGUAACUCCGGCAUCACCCCCCUCCGAUCGCGAACCCUACAUAGCAGCAAGAAUUUCCACCUUCGAGUUUUUCGGAGGCAGAUCGUAUUCGUCCAACCUACGCCCCUUCUCUUUCACACACGAUAACAUGGUGUCCCCUCGUAAGAGGAUGAACCUAGGGAGAAGGUAGCACCAACUGGCAGUCAUCGCCUUGGGGUUGUGCCUUUCGGACCAUACAGACCCGGCAGAGCCAAUUAGGAUUCAUAAAUGACAAGGCUAUUCUUACAGCUAGCCAUAAAGGAGAUUGAAGCUGAGGGUAGAGGAACGACACAACUUUGAACAAUUCGCUGUGCAACAUUUCUAAUGAGAUCAGUGCUAGGACUGGAGAAGUGAUCAAUCUGAAGCAAUGUAAGAAUCGAUAUGGCGUCUUGAAGCGGGAUUGGUAGGCAUGGAUAUUACUAGCUGAUUCGAGAAGAAGUGCAACAGGCCUAGGUAUGAAUCCAGUCACGGGUACUUUUACAGCACUUGACCAUUUUUGGGCUAACCUAAUUGCGGGAAAUUGUAUUGGGGCCAUAGAUGAGACCCAUGUUAUGAUAAGAUGCAAGAAGAAGGAAGACGAGAAGAGGUUCUUUUCACGAAAGGGUUAUGCAACCCAAAAUAUAAUGACCAUCUGCGAUUUCGACCUUACUUUCGUGUUUGCAUCAGCUGGAUGGGAGGGGAUCUAUCAUGAUUAUAGCAUCUUCAAGCGAUGUGUCUUGAAUCCAAGAUAUCGUUUCCCUAAACCAGAACCAGGAAAAUACUACCUAGUGUAUGCUGGUUAUCCCAACAGGCCGAGCUAUCUUGCUCCCUACAAAGGGUUUAGGUACCACCAAGCUGAAUUUAGACGGGGUCAGCGACAACCUCGCGAUGAUGGAAAGCACUUUAAUAGGGCACACUCAUCGCUGAGGAGUAUCAUUGAAAGGACGUUUGGCGUUUGGAAAAAUAGGUUUGGUUUCCUAGCCCUCAUGCCGUGGUAUGAAAUGUCAACACAGGUGGACCCUGUGUCGGCGUCGAUGGCAAUUCAUAAUUACAUCCGUAGGGAUAGAGAACCUGAUAACUUCUUCUCUCUUGUAAGCUCGGCCUAUGAAUAUGCGUUCGAGGACUUGCCAGAUGAGGACCCGGAGUUGGAAGAUAGAUUGGACGAAAGGGACGACAUUGUUGACGAAGAUAAUGUUCCAGAAAUGAAUGACGUGAGGAAUAAUAUUAGGAGAGCACUGCGUAGACUACGAAGACGUGGUAAUGGAGUUGGAUAA